AUUUUCAACACCAAAACACACGAAAAAUGCCUUCAAAGAAUAUUUAGUAUAAUUCAUCUUAUCUCGGCUACGUACGUUGUAAAGCUAGUUACUUUAUAAUUUAGUAUUAUAUUUUGUCUGUGCUUUGUUGAAAUCACGUAGAAAUUCACUAUUUUCGGUGGUAUGGCGCCUCCUGUUCCUCUAGUUCCAAAAAAACCCAUUGGAAGGUAUCGACCUAGACAAGAUAAUUUAGAAGAAAGUGCAAGUGACUCUUCUUCAAGUGAAUAUGAAGAAGAGCCUCUUCCUCCCCCUGCAGUUUCGGCUUCUUCUGCUGAGUCUUUCGCAAUCAACGACUCUAAGGAUAUCCAACCACCAGUAAAACAGCCUGUGAAAGUAUUACCGAGACCACAUAUUUCUCGUGGAUUUGGAACGUCUAAUUCUGUUAAUGAAUCCUCGUCUGAAUAUGAAACUGAUGGAGAACAGUCGCCGACAAUGUCCAACGAUAACGAGGCAGAAGAAGAAAGUGAGUCGGAAACUAGCUCUGGAUCUGAGGAUUCUGAUGAAGAUGAAAUGGAGCGUAGGAGACAACUUUUGCUUUCUGCACCGAAAUUUGUUGGUAAAAGUGCGAAAAAUCAAACGAAUACCGACACCUCUAAAGAUGUUGAGCAGGAUCGCAAGCAGCUAUCCCAAAAGAUAUUAGAAGAGACAAUUCAGAGAGAAAUGAAACAAAAAGAAGCGGAAAAUACAAACGAACUUUUGAAAGACGUCGAUGACACAGAUGGAUUAGACCCACAGGGCGAAUACGAAGCCUGGCAAGUAAGAAGUUUACAGAGGAAGAAGCGUGACAAGGAAAAUCUUUUGGCUCUUGAAAAGGAACGAAUGUCGGUAGAGGAGAGACGAUUAAUGGAUCCUGAAGAAAGAGAAAAGCUGGACAGACAAGAAGCUGAAGAGAGCCGUCAAGAAAAGAAAAAGAAACCAGUUCAGUUCUUGCAAAAGUUUUAUCACAAAGGUGCUUUUUAUCAAGACCAAGAUAUUCUUCGAAAUCGAGAUUAUUCUGAAGCAGCCGAAGGUGAAAUCCAGCACAAGGAAACCUUACCAAAAGCCAUGCAAGUCCGUGGAAAUGCGUUUGGUAUGGCAGGACAAACAAGGUGGACUCAUUUGGCAAAUGAAGACACCAGUAAAGCUGGGUCUGCUUGGAGUAACCCAAAGAAUCCCCUUGUCCAAAAAACUUUACAACGCUUAGGUGGACUACAUCCCGAUGAGUUACCGCAAAAGAGAAAGAAAUAUUAGAUUACUCCAACUGAAAAAGGUUUAAUUACCUUUCUACGAAAUUGUAUAAUAUGAUUUUUAUGUCUUUUGUUUACGUUUUCCAAGUUUUGUGCACUACCCUUCCCAAACCUCAAGUAUAUGGCACACCUUUGAAUUUUGAGAACUUCCUAACUUGAGGUUAUUUCCUCA